AUGCGGCGUUACAUGCGUGCACUGCUGUUGUGCACGGUGUUUGCCGUGUUUUCGGGUUUAUACGUGUAUAGUAAGCUGUUCUACUCGGAGGUUGGGGGAAGCGGAGCGAAAAGGGUGUACAUCCCACGGAGAAACACCGGAGCCAGACGAGGGUCCGAGGACAAAACUGUUCCCCCAAACCCCCACCGGUACCCCCAUAGGUACAUCAUGCGUCAGCACGGUCAGAUGGAACCUGCUGAAAACAGCAUUCGGACCAGACUCCAGCCUCCCAUGAUGCACCUGGCUGUGGUGGCCUGUGGAGAGAGGCUGCAGGAGACUCUCACCAUGAUCAAGUCCGCCUUGCUCUUCAGCAUGGGGCACCUCCACCUGCACAUCUUUGCUGAAGAUCAGCUGCACGCCAACUUCGUGGAAGCUCUGGAGUCGUGGCCUGGUUCUGUUCGCUGUAAGUACAACUACACCAUCUACUCCAUCAGUUUCCCCAGCGACAAUGCAGCCGAGUGGAAGAAACUGUUCAAACCUUGUGCCUCCCAGAGACUCUUCUUGCCUCUGCUCCUGAAGGACGUUGACUCAGUCAUCUACGUGGACUCCGAUAUUCUCUUCCUGCAGCCCGUUGACCAUUUAUGGACAUUCCUGUCCCAGUUUGAACCUUCUCAGCUGGCUGCUGUGUCCCCAGAGCACGAGGAGCCUCGCAUCGCCUGGUACAGCCGCUUCGCCCGGCACCCGUUUUACGGCAAGACGGGCAUCAACUCUGGUGUCAUGCUCAUGAACAUGACGAGGAUGAGGAGCACUUUCUUCAAGAAUGACAUGACGUCAGUGGGACUGCUCUGGGAGGAGCUGCUGAUGCCGCUGCUCCAGAAAUACAAACUGAACAUAACCUGGGGAGACCAGGACCUUCUCAAUAUCAUUUUCCACUAUAACCCCGACUUCUUGCUGGAGUUUCCCUGUAAGUGGAAUUACCGCCCAGAUCAUUGCAUCUACGGCAGCAACUGCGCCUCAGCUGAGGAGGACGGUGUUUACAUCUUGCACGGAAACAGAGGAGUUUACCACGACUAUAAGCAGCCAGCUUUUAGGGCGGUUUACGAGGCCAUCAGAAAGUACUCCUUUGGCACCGACCCCGUUGCUUCUUUGUUGCGUCCUUUGGAGGAGGAGCUUCUGAAGGCAACACACACCUACUGUGGCAAAUCCCACACACUCUUCACCAAGAGGCUUGCUCUCAGUUUAGCCAACAUCAACUGGAAGCAUACAUGA